AUGAUGGAAGCUUCUCUUAACCCAAAACUUCGGCUAAGAAACAUUCUCGAAAAAGACCAUGUAGCUAUUGCAACAUUCAUGACUCUUAAAGGAGUGAGAGCGGCGCAGAUAAUUGCUCAUACAGGCGUGGACGCCGUGGUAAUCGAUUGCGAGCAUGGUAAUAUAGGCGAUGCUGAUAUGCACGAUAUGGUUGCUGCUGUCUCUGGGUCUGGCGUCUCACCCGUCGUCCGCAUACCAAGUCUAGAUGGAAAGUUAAUUAAGAGAGCUCUGGACACUGGUGCUCACGGCAUCAUGGUACCUAUGAUUAACACGGCUAAAGACGCUGAGCUGGUGGUAAAACUAGCCAAGUUUCCUCCAGCUGGCAUAAGGGGUCAAGGUUCGCCCUUUGCUUGCCUGGAACACGGGUUGAAGACGCCCUCCGAAUAUAUCGCGAAGGCCAAUCAAAACAUUAUUACGAUGGUCCAAAUUGAGACAGUCUCGGCCGUAGAAAACGUCGACGAAAUUGCUCAAGUAGAAGGUAUUGAUCUCUUGUUCAUCGGACCAAAUGAUCUUUCCCUCUCUCUCCUCGGAUACACGCCUGCGAAUUUUACAGAUACCGCCUUACUCGAGGCUAUCAAUAAUGUUGUCGCGAGUGCGAAGAGAUAUAGGAAGAAAGUUGGUAUACUGUCAGUGGAUGGAGAGGCGGCGAAAAAGGCAAAAGAAAGAUUUGAUCUGAUAGUUAUGAGUGCGGAUGUAAGGUCCUUGCAGGAAUGGUAUAGGAAAGAAUUGAACAUUGCUCGAUCUUAG